UUUUGACGUGUAAAAAUAUUGUGUGUUGUUCUUAGUUUUCGGGGAUUAAUCGGCAUUAUUUCCAUGGUUAUGUCUUUCGUUUAAAGCAUCAGAUAUUAAGCUCUGAUAUUUUCAACUGACUGUGAAAGCCGCAAAGGAAGGAUGUAAUUGUGAAAGUAAAUUUCUAGCGUAAACAAUUACGAUUGAGUUGACUUACUACGCCACCAGCUGUGGUCGUUGUGAGUCCACGUCACUUUGAAAGAAACGCUUUAGAAGAAAUGAAGCAGUUAAUAUUGCAAAGAACAAGUUAUAUAUCUAUGAUGGGCAUUGAAGACAUAAGAAUUCGUGUUUUAUAACAAAGGCGUCAAUUUUUAACACUUGAAGUGUACAUUAACGGCAUAUCAGAAAAGCAAGACGCUACAUGUAACUCGAUUUAUAUAACAUGUCGACAAAAGAAAACAUUUACAAAAGAGUACGAUUUGAUCUUACUGAUCAGAGCCUUGAAUGUCAACUGAGAUUCGCGUCAAAAUACGGGUCACUUUACAAAAUUAAACAUCUUGUAAGGAUGCAACAAGCAGACAUAAACGCUCCCAAUUAUAGCAGUCAAACACCACUGAUUAUAGCUAUCAAAAAUAACAAACUUGAUAGCGUAAAGUUGUUGUGUAAACUGGGUGCCAACGUGAACUAUACCUCAGAUCAAGUUUAUGGCUAUUGUCCUUUACAUUAUGCAGCUGAACAAGAGGAUGGGAUGAUUAUCGAUAGUCUUGUUACAUUUGGCGCCAAAUUGAACUCUCGGACAUUUACUGGUUGUACGCCGCUUCAUUUGGCCGCCAUGAAAGGCAAAUAUGACGCCGUUAGAUGGCUUUGCUUAAAUGGCGCCGAUGUCAACUUGAAGGAGUUUUAUAAUGGCUACACGCCGCUGCAUUAUGCAAUGAUACGAGGUCAUUACGAUGUUGUUCCGAUUCUACUGGCAUUCAAAGCCAAUCUGACUGAUGGUUCACAAAACGCCACCCUCAAAGGCAUGUGUAGUAAAACUCUUUGGACAAGGCUACAAACCAGAAGAACGCAGCCGGAUGUUUUGGAGGAGCUCUGUCUUCAGGCCAUCCGUAAAAUUUUCCUCCCAAAAACGCACACAGAAAUGCAUCGCGUCUUCCAUUACCUACAUGUUUAAAGGAAAAACUCUUAUUUGCAAAGUAUGUAUGAAAUCUGCUUAUGUUUAAAGUUGAAUGUAAACAUACAUCAUAUGCCACGUGCGUCGUAGUUGUUGAUAAGCAAUGAUAUUAACUGUAUAGAUUAUGAAUUAUUUUGAAUGGCUAAUAAUGUAAAAGAAUUGUUUUGUAAUCUGUAAAGUAAAACCUAGCCACACACUAUUUAAUUUAAACUCAAUGUUCAUAAUCUAAUUGUAAAAAAUUAUUUUCAUCUGAAUAAACUACCAUUUACAUUUUACACUAA